AUAAAGGGAAACUGGGACCGAGCAGAGUCUCGCUGGGUGGUGACGUCACAACAAGAACGAAUGUUUUGAUAAGCAAAGAUUCUUACUAGUAAGUUAGGUCAGAAUAUGAGAAAAUGCCGACUAGAUGUGUUGUUGAUGGGUGCUCAAACACCUCAGAUUUUACGAAAGGUAUAUACUUGCAUAAGAUCCCAUUUCAUAACGACAAUCGCCCAGAAGCAAAGUCCAGGAGGAAGCAAUGGAUGAUUUUGUGAAGACAAAGCGAGCAAAUUUCAACCCCUCGGCUACCUCCGUCUUAUGUUCUACACACUUCCUACCAGAGGAUUAUAAUCAGAGAUUUGAUUUUGUCUCGAAAAAUCGUCCUCAGUUAGUUAAAGAUGAGGUUGGGACUGUUGCCAUCCCAAGGAUUUAUGUCUGCAACCAUGAAGAGCAAACAUGCAAACUGUCGGAUCGUGAUCGUCGAAAGGCUUUAAAAGAUGCCAUUGCCUCCGUGUCUUCAACGAUAGAAGUUGAGUUGCCGGUGCGAGAAGUAGUCGAACAACAACAAUAA